AUGGCGAAGUCUUUCCAGAUUGUGUUUUACGAGGACCGGGACUUCCAGGGAAAGUCCUACGACUGCAAAGGCGACUCAGCCGACCUGCAGGGCUUCAUCCACCGAUGCAACUCGGUCAAGGUAGAGGCUGGCUGGUGGGUUCUGUACGAGUGCAACAACUACAUGGGCUACCAGUAUGUCAUUGGUCCAGGGGAAUACAAUGACUACCGCCGCUGGAUGGGCUUCAACGACUGUGUUAGAUCCUGCAGGAUCAUCAAAAACGCCAAAGCACCGUACAAACUGCGGCUGUUUGACCGGCCAAACUUUGAUGGCCAAUCUUUGGAGUUGACAGAAGACAUGAAGUCUAUCCAGGAGAAAUGGCUCAGACGUCAAGUCCAGUCCUGCAAGGUCCUGGAGGGCUCCUGGAUCUUCUUUGAACAUCCCAACUUCUGUGGUCGUCAGUACCUGCUGGAGAAAGGGGAGUACCGACACCACUCGGAAUGGGGAGCUCUCAAACCAACUGUGGGCUCCAUCAAAAUAAUCAUUGAGCUGUGA